CCAGUCGUCGGCGGCCGCCAAACAAAUCUUUCUUCCCACCCGCCAGCCAGGUACCUUUGCAAUAUCUUACGUCCUCACCCACAUAUCACCUGUCCCCCAUGGCUUCCCUUGUCCUCAACCUCUUCUCCUAACCUUUUCGCUCUGUUCAUCUCCGGGAGGUCGGCCGCCGCGCUGCACCCGUCCAAGCCCCAGGCCGCCAUUACAAGGCGAUUGCUAAGCAGCAGCAGCAGCAGGAGUCCCCCUCCGUUUCUUUGCGACUGCUCUUUCACCCCUCUUAAAAGGCCCACCCUUGCGCUUCUACACCGCGUUUCUCCUCCACCCACACUACCCAUUUGCGCACACUCCAACAACCUCAGCUGGGCACCAGCCCACGAGAGACAUUUGCGUCUCCACCUUUCCCGUUCCUCCCGUCAACCAACUAGCGACAAUAUUUCAAGCACAGCACCCGUAGUCGAGGCCAAUACCAUCCCCAGAAUUUCCCGCGAAGAAGAAUGGCAGCCCCCGCCAGCAGCAACCCAACGCCACCCAAUAUAUCGCCGUCGCCCUCGACCGUGCCGUCGCUCCAGAGCCAGCCAGAUGCCGUGAACCCUCCGCCGCCUGCGCAACCCGCGCCCGCGGUUGCGCCCUCAAACGCAAAUGCAAACACAACUCCCAACGGCGAUGCGCUUCUAAAGGUCAAAAAGCCAACCAUGACCUCGCGUAUUAGCAGUAUGUUCAACAAGCGAGACGAGAGCAAAGAAUUAGCAAAGGCCGCCGAAAGGAAUGGAGACUCCAAGUCUUCCAAUGGUACUGCUGCUCGUCCCCCUCCUUCUCGUCAGCCCUCCGUUACGGCCGCCAAAUCAAAAGACGGCAAUACCACUCCCUACCGUCGCUUCUGGAACAACGAAGACGCCACCCAUGAACACCACCUCAAAGUUGCCAAACGUCAGGAAAAGCUGUCCGAUAUGUUCCAAAACUUGAUGCUGGGCAAGAAGAAGGAUACUCACCAUGAGGAUCAACCUCUUAGCCUGAUGGCGAACUGGGUCGACGUCAUGCGCAACGAGAAGGAGAAACUCGCCGAGCAGAAGAACUCGGCUAGCAACCAUACUUCUCAGACUUUGGUACAGAAAUACGGCAAAUGUCAAGAGGUCGUUGGCCGUGGGGCUUUUGGCAUCGUUCGCGUUGCCCACAAGACCGACGCCAAAGACCCCAAGCGCGAACACUUGUACGCUGUCAAGGAAUUCAAGCAGCGCCCCGGAGAAUCUGCCAAGAAGUACCAGAAGCGCUUGACCGCCGAGUUUUGCAUCUCCUCGUCAAUGCAACAUCCCAACGUCAUCAACACCCUGGAUCUCCUCCAAGAUGACAAGGGCACCUACUGCGAAGUCAUGGAGUAUUGUUCUGGAGGAGACUUAUACACCCUGGUGCUCACAGCAGGUCAACUCGAGGUGGUCGAGGCCGACUGUUUCUUCAAACAACUCAUGCGGGGUGUCGAGUACAUGCACGAAAUGGGAGUUGCCCAUCGUGACUUAAAACCUGAGAACCUGCUUUUGACCACACACGGGUCUAUCAAAAUCACCGAUUUUGGCAACGGCGAAUGCUUCCGCAUGGCCUGGGAAAAGGAAGCUCAUAUGACGGCCGGACUUUGUGGGUCUGCUCCUUACAUUGCCCCUGAAGAGUAUGUGGAUCGUGAAUUCGAUCCCCGUGCUGUGGAUGUCUGGGCUUGCGGCAUCAUUUACAUGGCCAUGAGAACCGGGCGACACUUGUGGCGAGUAGCCCAGAAGGGGGAGGACGAGUUCUUCGAUCGUUACCUAGAAGAUCGUAAAGAAGAAGCCGGCUACAAACCUAUCGAGGUGCUACGUCGGCGGCAAUGUCGCAAUGUGAUCUACUCGGUUCUCGACCCUAACCCUACACGCCGCCUCACCGCACACCAGGUCCUUUUCUCCGAGUGGGUCAAAGAAAUCAAAGUCUGCCACGCAGGCAGCGAAGGCUUUUGA